GCAACCAGGGCUGGACCUCUACCAGGUUAGGAGGACAAGGGCAGCACGGAAGAGAGAGAGAGAGAGAAGCAGCAACUCUUGAAGAGGAAAGUCAGGAAACUAUCCCGUCCACUGCAUUACAUCUCAUCACACAUCUGCGAGGAUAACGCGCGUCUGAGUACUCAAGGAAAAGAACAAAAAACGGCACAAUGAUGAUGACCCAGAUGGAGACAACGGUGCACUAUGACAACGGCUACGAGGAAGAGUACAUGUUACAGGAGGAUGAAUGGGACAGGGACAUGCUGCUGGACCCUGCCUGGGAGCAGCAGCAGAGGAAAACCUUCACAGCCUGGUGUAAUUCUCACCUGAGGAAAGCCGGAACUCAAAUCGAAAACAUUGAAGAAGACUUCAGGAAUGGAUUGAAACUCAUGCUGCUUCUGGAGGUCAUCUCAGGAGAGAGGCUACCCAAGCCAGACAGGGGGAAGAUGCGGUUUCAUAAGAUUGCUAAUGUCAACAAAGCAUUGGAGUUCAUCACAAGUAAAGGGGUGAAACUGGUCUCCAUAGGAGCAGAAGAAAUUGUGGAUGGGAAUGUGAAGAUGACACUUGGAAUGAUUUGGACCAUCAUCCUCCGCUUUGCCAUUCAAGACAUAUCUGUGGAAGAAACAUCUGCCAAGGAAGGUCUUCUCCUGUGGUGUCAAAGAAAGACUGCCCCCUACAGGAAUGUUAAUGUCCAAAACUUCCAUGUCAGCUGGAAGGAUGGCCUGGCAUUCUGCGCCCUGAUUCACAGGCACAGACCCGACCUCCUCGACUUCUCUAAGCUCAACAAGGAUGAUCCACUGGGGAACCUGAACCUUGCAUUUGACAUCGCUGAAAAACACCUGGACAUUCCCAAAAUGCUGGAUGCAGAAGAUAUCAUCAACACCCCCAAGCCUGAUGAGAGAGCAAUCAUGACCUACGUGUCCUGCUUUUACCAUGCUUUUGCUGGCGCUGAGCAGGCUGAAACAGCAGCCAACAGAAUCUGCAAGGUGCUUGGCGUAAACCAAGAAAAUGAAAAACUGAUGGAGGAAUAUGAGAGACUGGCCAGUGAGCUGCUGGAGUGGAUCCGCCGCACCACUCCCUGGCUGGAGAACCGGACCCCAGAGAAGACCAUGGCAGAAAUGCAGCGGAAGCUGGAGGACUUCAGGGAUUAUAGACGCCAGCACAAGCCCCCUAAAGUACAGGAGAAGUGCCAACUGGAGAUUAACUUUAACACCCUGCAGACCAAGCUGCGCAUCAGCAAUCGCCCUGCUUUUAUGCCCUCUGAAGGAAAGAUGGUUUCUGACAUAGCCAGUGCGUGGCAGGGUCUGGAGCAGGCUGAGAAAGGCUUUGAGGAGUGGCUCCUUACAGAGAUUCGCAGGCUGGAGAGGCUGGACCACUUGGCAGAAAAGUUCCGCCAAAAAGCCACCAAUCAUGAAAACUGGGCCAGUGGAAAAGAGCUGAUCCUUUCCCAGAAGGACUACGAAACAGCCACCUUGAUUGAAAUCAAAGCCUUGCUUCGAAAACAUGAGGCCUUUGAGAGUGACCUGGCAGCUCAUCAGGACAGAGUGGAGCAGAUUGCUGCCAUUGCACAGGAACUAAAUGAACUGGAUUACCAUGAUGUUGCUUCAGUGAACCAACGCUGCCAGAGCAUCUGUGACUCUUGGGACAAGUUGGGAACUCUUACUCAGAAGAGGAGAGAGUCACUUGAGCGCACAGAAAAGUUGCUGGAGACCAUUGAUCAGUUGUUCCUAGAGUUUGCUAAGAGGUCAGCUCCUUUCAACAACUGGAUGGAGGGAGCCAUGGAGGAUCUGCAGGACAUGUUCAUAGUUCACACUAUUGAAGAGGUCCAGAGUCUAAUCGCAGCUCAUGAGCAGUUCAAAGCCACUCUGCCUGAGGCCGAUGCAGAGAGACAGGCCAUCUUGGGAAUCCACAAUGAGGUGCAGAAAAUUUCCCAGAGCUAUGGGAUCAAGGCCAACAUUAACAACCCCUACAGCUCCAUUACAACAGAAGAGCUUCUCAAUAAGUGGGAGAAGGUGAAGAAGCUGGUUCCUCAGAGAGAUGGAGCUCUCCAGGAGGAAAUGGCUCGCCAGCAUGCCCAUGAAAGGUUGAGACGACAGUUUGCUGCCCAGGCUAAUCUCAUCGGACCCUGGAUACAAACCAGGAUGGAGGAAAUUGGGCGCUGCUCUCUGGAGAUUGGAGGCACACUGGAGGACCAGAUGACCCAGCUUAAACAGUUUGAGCAUGUCAUUGUUGCUUACAAACCGAACAUCGACAAACUGGAGGGAGAUCACCAGCUAAUCCAAGAAUCCCUUGUGUUUGACAACAAACACACAAAUUACACCAUGGAGCACAUCCGUGUUGGAUGGGAGCUACUCCUCACGACCAUUGCCCGGACGAUCAAUGAGAUUGAAACCCAGAUCCUGACCCGAGAUGCCAAGGGCAUUAGCCAGCAGCAGAUGAAUGAUUUCAGAUCUUCUUUCAACCAUUUUGACAGGAAGAAAAAUGGAGCGAUGGAAACCGAUGACUUCAGAGCCUGUCUCAUCUCCAUGGGUUAUGACUUGGGAGAGGUGGAGUUUGCCCGUAUAAUGAUGCUGGUCGACGCAAAUGGCACUGGCAUUGUCUCCUUCCAGUCUUUUAUUGACUUUAUGACCAGAGAGACUGCUGAUACAGACACUGCUGAGCAAGUUGUGGCAUCCUUCCGGAUCCUGGCAGCUGAUAAGCCCUACAUACUCGUGGAUGAGCUUAGGAGGGAACUUCCUCCUGAGCAAGCAGAGUACUGCAUCAUGAGGAUGCCCCCCUUCGCUGGUCCGGGAGCACCACCAGGAGCACUAGACUACGCUGCCUUCUCCACUGCCCUCUAUGGAGAGAGCGACCUUUAACUUGACUGACAACCUCUUGUCUUCUGAUCAUAACUUUUCCCUUUCAUCCAC